CUCAUUGUGACGCAAGGGAGAAGCCCAUCUACCUACCUAGCUUGUACAGCAACAACGAGAAAACCAACACCAACCAACACCAACCAACAAAACCACACAAAGACGAAGCUUGCCGAGUAAACAUUCCACCAAUUCUCGCCGACGUAUAUGAUCAGGUUAUGAGACAGCCUUCCUGUCGGCGACUGCAACCAUACGACCACCACGACCACCACAAACGCCGACAAGAUGCCUACCAAAGUACAUGAGUCGUUUGUCAUCCCCGGCGGCGCCAUCUACUCGGACCCAACCGCCGACGGCCCUGAGAUCGGUACCCUCGUCCUGGUGGUGGAUCGCGCAAAGAACCUGCCCAACCUCAAGACCAUUGGCAAGCAGGACCCCUACUGUGCUGCACGUCUGGGAAAGGAAGCAAAGAAGACCACUACCGACAUCCGUGGCGGCCAGACCCCCAGAUGGGACCAGGAGCUCCGAUUCACUGUCCACGACUCCCCCGAUUACUACCAGCUCAAGGUAUCCGUAUUCAACGACGACAAGAAAAGCGAGUUGAUUGGCGAGGCAUGGAUCGAUCUCGGAGGUGUUGUCAUCCCAGGCGGCGGUCAGAGCGACGACUGGCACCAGUUACAGUCUAGAGGCAAGUAUGCUGGCGAGGUUCGCAUAGAGAUCACCUACUACGAUAACCGACCGAGACCCGAGAAGCCCGCCGUAAAGCAACGACAGCAACAUCCCGUCGAGCAACACAUUCCUUCAGCCGUAGUACCGGGUCCGGGGCCGAGAGGCGUACCCAAGCGCCGUCCACUACCAGCACCAUCUGUACAAGGCGGAGAUGGUCCCUAUAUUCCAAACCAAUCACCCCUUCAGCAACUCGAGUACAACAACCCUCAUGCUGCGCGCUACCAGCAACAGCCGCAGCAGCAACAGUAUCGCGCCCCUCCACAAUACCAACAACCUAGUCAAUAUGACCUCCCUUCGCUAGACGACGGGCCAAGAGGCUUCGAAGGCGACCGCCCUCCACCUCCCCCGGCUCACCGAAGUCGGAAUGGCAGCAAUCCCCCAGCAACAAACGGUUACCAAAACGGCUAUGAUCCGUCUGGAAACGGAAUGCCACCCAACAUGCGGCAGGAUGUCCUCAGAAACGAGGCUCAUCGCCAAACAAACUCGAUAGCUUAUCCGGGACGUCCGCAGUACAGGGGUUAUGACUCGGCCCCUGCGGCUCCUACCGGCCAACACUACUCUAACGGAGACCAACCACCUCCUCCACGACAUUCCUCCACAUUUGACGUUAACCACGAUCCCUAUGAUCUUCCCGAUGUCCUGGUGCCCGGAUCGGCUAACAGCUCGAUGCGAGGCCGGAACCGUGGACCUGAGCCGGGAUACGCACAACCCAAUGGAGACCAGUACCGACGACCGGACCCUGGCGGCUAUGGGAUGGCGUAUAGUAGACACUCUGAGAGUUCCCUGUCACACUAUCCACGGCAAAAUGACCAGAGAAGUCAGCCGUACAAGGGUGGCUUCGAGGACCACACUGACAGCUAUCAACCGCCUCCGGUGCCCGUUUCUUUGGUCCCCGGCAUUGAUCCUAAUAUCGCCCACGAGAUCACGGAACGUGUGUACCAAGACAAGAACCCAAGACCAUACACUCGGCCCAUAGACACACAAGUUGGAAACAACUACCAGCAACACCCUCGUGACCGCUCCCCAGUUCCUCCAUAUCAACCACCUGUUCCACAACAUCCUCAGAGCAGAAGCCCCGGCGGCUACCAAGAUGUGCCACCCCCAACUACCCCCAGCUACAACGUCGCCAUGAACCAGCGCUCCUACUCCCCCAAUCCACCAGUGCGCCGAGACCCAAGCCCAAUGCCAAGUCACAGCCCCAACCCACGUCAACAAACCAUCAAGCGCAAAUCCGUCAGUCCCGCCCCGCCUCCCGUCGAAGAGCGCCGCCUUUCUGGCAUCCCAUUCGGUCCCGAUUCCUACGACGCCCUAAACCCCACCGUUUCCUCCGACAACAUCGGCCGCCCCGACUACAACGAAGCCUCCGGCAAGAUCAUCACUCACGACGGAAAGGAAGUCGAUCCCUCGGACCAUCUUCCCAUGGAAACCUGGGCUCCCGAACCCGAACCGAAGAAGGGCACUACUCCAAACUCCUCUCAUGGCUCGCGGCCCUCCAUGUCCGGCGCCCACCCAAUGCCAGGACAUCAAGGGACUGUUCGCUCGCGACCGGGAACUAGUGCUGCCGCUGAGAGACCACGGUCUAUGCACGGUCAGCCUCAACGUAUUUCACCGCCCGUGUCCCCCUCAGUAGCUGGCACUGUUAGCAGUAGGAAUAGGUUGCAGAAGCGUAACCAUAGAAACACUAUCACAGCCGCUGGACCGAUGGGCUUGGGCAUGGGCCAGCCAGGUUUUAACAGGAGCAGCGAUAACGUCAGCUACUCCUCUUCUUCACAGCAGGAUAAUUUUACGCCGAGGGCACUUUCGCGAGCGUCGACCUUCGACUAUUACGGUGCCGAGAAUGGCAACUCCCCAGGAGGUCCAGUCUAUGGCGGCCACAGCCCCGGAGCUGCUCCCCGAGGCGUUCCGCCGGUGCCGGCUAAGGUACCACUUGCACUACCCCCGACUACAGGACCAGCUGGCGGUGGACUGACAAUGAGUGGCGCGUUGCAGUUACAUAGUAGUAGCCUUACGAGAAGAGGGGCUGCGCCGAUGGGAGUGGAUGAGUGGGGAGGGAUGAAUGGUGGAGGGGUAGGAGGUGGGUAUGGAGGAAUGGGAGGAGGCAUGGGAGGGCCGGGUGGUGGAAGCUUGGAGGAGGAGUUGAGCAAGAUUGACAUCGGCACGGGAAGAUCGAGGAGGUUCACGGUCAAGGGGCCGUCGGGGGGACGGUUUAGGGGGUUUAAUUAGUGCUGUGGCGCCCGCGGCUUGAAGGAGUGAGAGUGAGGGAAUGGGGUAAAAGCAUCCUCGUCUCAGGCAGACGAGGCUGGAUCAUCGUCAUCAUCAGAAGCAAGGACAAAGAGAAAAA